AUUUCUGGUCAUUGUGAACUCAUUCUAGAAAACAAUUCGCGACACUAUGGGCAUCCGUUUCCAUAGUUACCGCGUCACAACAAAAGUGACAAUCUGCGAAACACCUAUAUUUUAUAUUUUCGUAAUUUUAUGUGUAGAAUCAAAUUGGAACAAUGUUGAGUUCGCGUUACUACAGCGCUUCUCGACUGGGCACCGACGCGAAGCCUCGCACGGCUAUGGUGUUAGACGAAGACGAGGAUCUGUACUCGGGCUUUAACGAUGUGGCGCCCGCCCUGGACACGCGCAACCUGCGGGAAGACGAGGUGUUCCAGGAAACUCUUAGGACGGCCGGGAUAGGCAGAAAAGUGCCCAGCCGUAUGGGCACCGGGAUGACGCGGAUAGGCACAGUGGGCAUGCGUGGAAGCGGCUCGGCACGCGGCUCCGUGACUGCGCUCCGCGCCGCCGGCUACACCUCCGCACAGCGCGACCCGCCCGCCAGGAACUGCGGGAACGAGAACAGUAUCGAAGACCGAGUAAAGCAAAUGGAGGCCCGCAUCAUGGCGUUAGUGGAGGAAUCGUGCAUGCUGAGCGCAAGACACGAUCCCGAUGACCAAACCAGCGCUAAAAAAGAAAAUGAUUUGGGGCAGGCGUUAUCUAAAGCUCAGGAAGCCUCAGCCCUUGAAAGACAACUAAUUCGGAUGCAAGAACAGGCAAAUCUUGGUGACUCGCAUAACUUAGAUUUAACUUUCGCUGUUCUUUGCAACCUGGCCGGUCAGUACGCUCUCAACGAAAUGUAUACGGAAGCGCUGAACACGUACCAGUUAUUAACUAGAAAUAAGCUAUUUCCACAUGCCAAUCGUUUAAAAGUAAAUAUGGGCAACAUAUAUUUCAAAAUGGGUGAGCAUCCUAAGGCUUUGAAAUUGUAUCGUAUGGCGUUGGACCAAACGCCGACAGCGGAAAAAGAUUUGAGGAUGAAAGUUAUGCAUAAUAUUGGUUUACUGCUAGUAAGAAUGGGCAAAUUCCGAGAUGCAAUAACUAAUUUUCAACACAUCAUGCACGAACAAGGAGAUUUUCAGACAGGUCUUCAUUUGGUUUUGUGCUCCGUAGCGCUUAACGACGCUGAGGGCGGCAAAGCCGCUUUUCACGCUAUGUUAGACGUCGAACCACCUACUUACCAUCAGGACAUUACAAUCGAUGACGAGAGCGACGCGUACGAGUGCGUGGUGCGCGACGUGGUGCGCGGCGACCGCCUGUCGCGCUGGUCGCGCCGCGCCGCCGCCGACGCCGAGCGCUGCCUCGCGCGCGCCGCCGCCGCGCUCACCAAGCCCGACGCGAGGGACGACGAGUCAGGGGGUAUGUCGUGGUGUGUGGAAGCUCUCCGCGGAUAUAGCGGUGGCGGCGCGGGCGCGAGGCUAGAGCUGGGCGGCGCGCUCGCGGGCUUGCGGGCGUUCCGCACGGGCACGGGCGCGGCCACCGGGGCGGGCACGCGCGCGCUACAGCGGCUCAAGGCUGUGGCGCGCGCGCAUCCCGACGACCGGGUAUUACGCGCCGAGGCUAAUGCUGACGCUGCCUUUGUGGCUUAUGCUUUAGGCAGCUAUUCUGAGGCGCGUGCACUGGCGGACGCAGCCUCCCGCGACGAUCCAUACUCGUGUCCGGCGCGCGUGACGGCGGCGCUGGCCGCCGCGAUCGCCCCCGCGCCCUCCCCCGCCGGCCUCGCCUCCGCGCCGGCGACACCUGUCGCGCUCACGUGGCGCGAUACCGCUUCGCAACUCACCGCCGCUACACAUUUGGACCCUGCUGAUCUCAUCGCUAUGCAUGACUUGGCGCUAGCCCUGGAGCGCAGCGGCGAGGAAAGCGCGUGCGAAGCGGCGGAGGCGCGAUGGUCGCGCGUGCGCAGUGCGGGCGGCGCGGGCGCCACGCUGCGCGCCCUGGCCGCGGCCGGCCUGGCGCGCCUGGCGCGGCGCGGAGACGUCGCCGCCGCCGACCACUGGUAUAGUUCUAUCGGCACAUGGGACGCGGGCGUGACAUGUGCAUUGGCUCAGCUCCACAGCGAGAUGGGAGACACCAUGACCGCCAAACACCACUAUCAAGACGUAGAAGCUAUUUGGCCGUGCGAGUUGUCUGCGCUUGAAUGGUUGGCCAGCGAGUCCCCGCCAGAUGUCGCUCUACAACAUUACCGUCGAGCUGCACGGCUACAGCCUAACAAUCCUCAAUGGGGUCUCCUUAUCGGCAGCUGCCUGCGAGCCAGCGGCCGUUAUCAAGAGGCGCUCGCGUUGUACAAGAAGAUGAACACACGAUUUCCGGACAAUGUCCAAUGCUUGAAAUUGAUAGUGAAGCUUUGCGGAGACCAAGGUCUGUCGGAGACGAACGCUUGGAGCCGGGAGCUGCAGCGCGCCCAGGCUAGGAUUAAGCAACUGGAAAGAGUUUCGGUAACAUCAGCUGGCAGCGGUUCGUCAGGUGCGAGCCAAUCUCCGGUGGACCAAAUUAGAGGUAAUAUUGUUAUGUACCUAUAUAAUAAGUUUUGAAUAAUAAUACGUGCGAAAUUAGAUAUAGAUAAUCUUGUUUUUCGCAAUAUGUACUUACCAUUGGGUAAUCAAAAAUGUAAACGUAUUGGUGAUAUUAUCUUACUACGUAGUUCUUUUAUAAAUCGAUGGAAAUAAUCUUUCUCUUUGUACAUUAUAUCCAAGGUUGGAAGCAAAGACCCACAUUCCAGCGCAUUCAGAGUUAUGUCCAACCCAAGAUAUGGCAGCAAUUGAGACUAUCGCUGUACCUAACUAGAACAAACCCAAUCUACAACGAAUAUUAACUUUUUUAAUCUAAAUCUGCCAAACUUUAGACUUUACCUGAAGAACCGAACACUGAGACUGGUUAAAUUUCAAAAUAAUAAUCAUCAAAAAUAAUUAUUUGUAAACACCGCUGCAGACAUAACAUAAUAUUAUAGAGUUCAUCUACUUCUAAUAAGUUUUUGUGUCGAUAACAUACUUGCUAUCAAUUAAGAUUGUGCCCAAUUCACGAUCCAGACGCGGGAAGCAUUAUCCAUUUAUUCGAGGCUUCCGGUAUAUAAAAAUGACUAUAGGCAGCUUAUUUGUUACAUCAUGUACAAUCAUAUUAUUAUAGUUAUUUGCAUGUUUUAACUAUUCAUUUUUUAACGAAUUGAAGACACACAUUUCCGAAUUAGUUUACAUCCUAUGUGUGAAUCUAAGCAGAGCGAGCGUAUUCCCAUAUCCGCCAUAAUAUAAUCCCGGUAGUCCAUUAUGUUUUUUUUUAUCGAAAUCUCACAUGUUAUUGCUAGUACUGGCAAUCGGAACUAAAUCACUAGAUUUACAAUCGCAAGCCAAUAAAUCAAUAGGACAAUAUCUUAUCACCUCACCCAUCCAUGAAGCGAGUUAUUCCCAUAUGUUAGAUGACGCAGUUAAGCCGGAUUAAAGCGUUAUUGUGAAUUGUAAUUUGUUGCGUG